CGUCGCUCCUUGAGAUGGGCCAAAGUCCCCACAUCAGCCUCUUAGGAUGGUGCUACUCUUGUGCAUGCAGCGAUAGACAAGGCUCUAUCCAGGUCCUGGCUCGGGAUAGAGCCAGAGGGGUGCUCCUCGGAGCCCAGGGCUCACUUGUUGCAGAUAGGGCUCCGUAUGUCUCUGGUGCAUUUCCUGGCUUGCUGUGAGUUUUCCAGGCUGUAUGGCUAUGUUCCAGAGCAAUUGGGUCACACAUUAUACAGAAAACCUACACACAUGGAUAGAUCUACAUUAAAAAAAGUCCAACCAUCACCCAGAUUGAAAAAGAAGCACAGUCAAAGCCCUGGUAGACCAUGCAAACCUCACCUCCUCCAAGGUGGACUGAACCAUGGGCUCUACAGGCCACCACAGAUAUCCGAAGACUAAGAACAAGCCAUGAGAGUCAAGGCAAAGAUCCACCCAGAGGAAAAGUGUUCUUCUGGGCUCUCCAGACCAAUGGAGACCUCACCACAGAUAUCAGAAGACCAAGAACAAGCCAUGAAAGUCAAGACAAAGAUCUACCCAGAGGAAAAGUGUUUUUCUGGGCUCUCCGGGCCUAUGGAGACCUCACCACAGAUAUCAAAGACCAAGAAGAAGCCAUGAGAGUCAAGAUAAAGGUCUACCCAGACGAAAAGUGUUCUUCUGGGCUCUCCAAGCCAAUGGAGACCUCAUCACAGAUAUCAGAAGACCAAGAAGAAGCCAUGAGAGUCAAGACAAAGAUCCACCCAGAGGAAAAGUGUUCUUCUGGGCUCUCCAGGCCAAUGGAGACCUCAUCACAGAUAUCAGAAGACCAAGAAGAAGCCAUGAGAGUCAAGACAAAGAUCCACCCACCCAGAGGAAAAGUGUUCUUCUGGGAUCUCCAAGCCAAUGGAGACCUCAUCACAGAUAUCAGAAGACCAAGAAGAAGCCAUGAGAGUCAAGACAAAGAUCCACCCACCCAGAGGAAAAGUGUUCUUCUGGGCUCUCCAAGCCAAUGGAGACCUCAUCACAGAUAUCAGAAGACCAAGAAGAAGCCAUGAGAGUCAAGACAAAGAUCCACCCAGAGGAAAAGUGUUCUUCUGGGCUCUCCAGGCCAAUGGAGACUCCAGCACAGACAUCAGAAGACCAAGAACAAGCCAUGAGAGUCAAGACAAAGAUCUGCCCAGAGGGAAAGUGUUCUUCUGGGCUCUCCAGGCCAAGGUAGACUCCACCACAGAUAUCAGAAGACCAAGAACAAGCCAUGAGAGUCAAGACAUAGAUCUACCCAGAGGAAAAGUGUUCUUCUGGGCUCUCCAGGCCAAGGUAGACUCCACCACCAAGAACAAGCCAUGAGAGUCAAGACAAAGAUCUACCCAGAGGAAAAGUGUUCUUCUGGGCUCUCCAGGCCAAGGUAGACUCCACCCAGAUAUCAGAAGACCAAGAACAAGCCAUGAGAGUCAAGACAAAGGUCUACCCAGAGGAAAAGUGUUCUUCUGGGCUCUCCAGGCCAAUGGAGACUCCACCACAGACAUCAGAGGACAAAGAAGAAGCCAUGAGAGUCAAGACAAAGGUCUACCCAGAGGAAAAGUGUUCUUCUGGGCUCGCCAGGCCAAGGUAGACUCCACCACAGACAUCAGAAGACCAAGAACCAGCCAUGAGAGUCAAGGCAAAGGUCUACCCAGAGGAAAAGUGUUCUUCUGGGCUCUCCAGGCCGAGGUAGACUCUACCACAUACAUCAGAAGACCAAGAACAAGCCAUGAGAGUCAAGACAAAGAUCCACCCAGAGGAAAAGUGUUCUUCUGGGCUCUCCAGGCCAAUGGAGACCUCACCACAGAUAUCAGAAGACCAAGAACAAGCCAUGAGAGUCAAGACAAAGAUCCACCCAAAGUGUUCAAGGGAACAACUGACCGCAUAGGGAAACUGAUGAAGAAACACAACCUACAAACUGUCUACAGACCCACAAAGAAAAUCCAACAAAUCCUAUGUUCAGCAAAGGACAAGAGGGAUCUGCAGGAGUCUACCGUAUACCACGCAGAUGUGGACAAGUCUACAUAGGGACCACCAAACGCAGCAGCAUUGCCCAGACACGAACCAAGGAACACGAAAGGCACUGCAGACUAACUCAGCCAGAGAAGUCAGCCAUCGCAGAGCACUUGAGGAACCAACCUGGACACAGCGUAUGAUCUGACAACACAGAGAUGCUGGACGACUUGAACAAUCACCAUGUCAGAUGACACAGAGGAGCCACUGAAAUCCACAAGCAUGUGGACAAUUUCAACAGGAAGGAGGAAAGCAUGAAAAUGAACAAAAUCUGGCUACCAGUAUUUAAAAACAAUUAAAUAAAGAAAACAGAGGAAUUCCAGACAGGAAACAAUUAGGACCAGUCAACACCUCCCAACGAAGGAUUCCCACAGGCAGAAAGCAGCCAGACCUUGAAGCUGCAAGGCUACUCUUGGCCUGCUUGAUUAGCAUUGACCGCCCUUGCAGCAUCGAAGCCUGGCUGCUUCCUGCCUGGGGGAAAUUCCUUUGUUGGGAGGUGUUAGCUGGCCCUGAUUGAUUCAUGUCUGGAAUUCAAAGCCCGGCUGCUUCCUCCCUGGGGGAAUCCUUUGUUAGGAGUGUUAGCUGGCCCUGAUUGAUUCAUGUCUGGAAUUCAAAGCCCGGCUGCUUCCUCCCUUGGGGGAAUCCUUUGUUAGGAGUGUUAGCUGGCCCUGAUUGAUUCAUGUCUGGAAUUUUUGUUUUCUGGGUGUUGUUCUUUAUUCAUUGUCCUGAUUUUAGAGUUUUUUUUAAUAAUGAUAGAGAUGAACCAAUCAGGGCCAGUUAACACCUCCCAACGAAGGAUUCCCCCAGGGAGGAAGCAGACAGACCUCGAAUCUGCAAGGCUCUUCAAUGCUAAUCAAGGUGGCCAAUUGGAACAUUCACACUUACUUCCAACAGACAAAGAGUUCUUUCUCAUACCCUGAAGAUUCCACAAAUAUAUAACCCCCACUGGCCACGUUUCCAACAGACCUCACUACUUCUGAGGAUGCCUGCCAUAGAUGUGGGCGAAACGUCAGGAGGGAAUGCUUCUGGAACAUGGCCAUACAGUUCGGAAAACUCACAGCAACCCAGAUAUGUUUAUUGAUAAGUGGAUGUAUGGAUGGGCAGAUGGAUAGUUGGAGGGUGAAAGAAACAGAAAGUAGAUGGAUAGAAUGCUUCUGGAACAUGGCCAUACAGCCCGGGAAAACUCACAGCCACCUUGGGAGGGCCGUUGCUGCAGUUGUUGUUGUUGUUGUGACUGUUCCUGUGAACCACAGCAAAAUGAGUCUGAGGGGUGGAGAGGGAUACUGGCACCGGGUGGGCAAGGGUGGGCAAAGGACCGGCCUCGUAGCUGCUCCCAGUGCAAGGAAACUGGACUUGCUGGGAAAGUGGCCUGUAGGGACACUCUGUGGAUUUGGUGGGUCUGCUCUUCUUGGAUAUGACUGCAUUCAUAGCAAAUAUAGUAACAUUAUUCUGCCAACCUAGCAGUUCGAAAACAUGACAAUGUGAGUAGAUGAAUAGGUACCGCUCCGGCGGGAAGGUAACGGCGCUCCAUGCAGUCGUGCCUAUGGCCACAUGACCUUGGAGGUGUCUACGGGCAACGCCGGCUCUUCGGCUUAGAAAUGGAGAUGAGCACCAACCCUCCAUCUAUCUAUUUAGAAAAGGCUGCCCAGGUCUCCCAUUCCCAGCCUGGUUCUCUGUCUCCAUAUGCCACACCAGCAACUGGUCUGCUCCAUUGAUAUGCACAGUCUUGCUUUGCUUUUCCCUUCCGCGCUUAUUUGGGUCUGCAGCUUUCUCGAGGAAACAGCCCACUGGGGAACGAACGCCGGCGUGGCUUCCUCGCCCAUCGGUCCCCCAACUUUCCCGAAAGAUACACACAUGUGGAUGUGUGUGUAUGGAGCACACACAGGGGCACGCACACACAAACGCCCAGAUCCCACUUAAGCGCCAGUGAGUCAUCCGGGAAGCGUUCCACGUCUCUGCUCUGCCCACUGGUCUUCAAACAUCGCUGCGUUUGUGGAGGUGGGAGAAGGCAGGGGCCCACACUUUGGAGCCCAGGCGUGGAAGCAGAGGGAGGUGGGAGCAAGGCCCCCGCCCUCACCCUCACAUAAGCCCUGGCAAGGAUGGAUGGAUGGGUAGACAGAUAGAUAGACAGAUAGGUAGGUAGAUAGAAAGAUACAUAGACAGGCAGGUAGGUAGGCAAGUAGAUAGAAUGGGUACAUUGGUAGGUGGAUAGAUAGAUAGAUAGCCAGAUAGACAGAUAGAUAGACAGACAUAUAGACAGAUAGGCAAGUAGGCAGGUGGAUAGGACAGGUACAUUGGUAGGUGGAUAGAUAGAUAGAUAGGCAGUUAGGUAGGAAGAUAUGCAGUUAGGUAGAUAGGUAGGCAAGUAGACAGGUGAAUAGGACAAGUAUAUUGGUAGGUGGAUAGAUAGAUAAGCAAGUAGGCAGGUGGAUAGGAUAGGUACAUUGGUAGGUGAAUAGAUAGAUAGGAAGUUAGGUAGGUAGAUAUGCAGUUAGGUAUAUAGGUAGGUGGGUAGGCAGGUGAAUAGGACAAGUACAUUGGUAGGUGGAUAGAUAGAUAGAUAGAUAGAUAGAUAGAUAGAUAGAUAGAUAGAUAGGCAAGUAGGCAGGUGGAUAGGAUAGGUACAUUGGUAUGUGAAUAGAUAGAUAGGCAGGUAGGUAGGUAGGUAGGUAGGCAAGAAGGCAGGUGAGUAGGACAAGUACAUUGGUAGGUGGAUAGAUAGAUAAGCAAGUAGGCAGGUGGAUAGGAUAGGUACAUUGGUAGGUGAAUCGAUAGAUAGGCAGUUAGGUAGGUAGAUAUGCAGUUAGGUAUAUAGGUAGGUGGGUAGGCAGGUGAAUAGGACAAGUACAUUGGUAGGUGGAUAGAUAGAUAGAUAGAUAGAUAGAUAGAUAGAUAGAUAGAUAGGCAAGUAGGCAGGUGGAUAGGAUAGGUACAUUGGUAUGUGAAUAGAUAGAUAGGCAGGUAGGUAGGUAGGUAGGUAGGCAAGAAGGCAGGUGAGUAGGACAAGUACAUUGGUAGGUGGAUAGAUAGAUAAGCAAGUAGGCAGGUGGAUAGGAUAGGUACAUUGGUAGGUGAAUAGAUAGAUAGGAAGUUAGGUAGGUAGAUAUGCAGUUAGGUAUAUAGGUAGGUGGGUAGGCAGGUGAAUAGGACAAGUACAUUGGUAGGUGGAUAGAUAGAUAGAUAGAUAGAUAGAUAGAUAGAUAGAUAGAGAUAGAUAGAUAGAUAGAUAGAUAGAUAGACAGACAGACAGACAGACAGAUAGGCAGGUGGAUAGGAUAGGUACAUUGGUAGGUGAAUACUAGAUAGAUAGGCUGUUAGGUAUAUAGGUAGGUGGGUAGGCAGGUGAAUAGGACAAGUACAUUGGUAGAUAGAUAGAUAGAUAGAUAGAUAGAUAGAUAGAUAGAUAGAUAGAUAGAUAGAUAGACAGACAGACAGACAGACAGAUAGGCAGGUGGAUAGGAUAGGUACAUUGGUAGGUGAAUACUAGAUAGAUAGGCUGUUAGGUAGAUAGGUAGGCGGGUAGGCAGGUGAAUAGGACAAGUACAUUGGUAGGUGGAUAGAUAGAUAGAUAGAUAGAUAGAUAGAUAGAUAGAUAGAUAGAUAGGCAUUGGUAGGUGAAUAGAUAGAUAGGCAGUUAGGUAGAUAGGUAGGCAGGUAGGCAGGUUAAUAGGACAAGUACAUUGGUAGGUGGAUAGAUAGAUAGAUAGAUAGAUAGAUAGAUAGAUAGAUAGAUAGAUAGAUAGACAGACAGACAGAUAUAGAUAGAUAGAUAGAUAGAUAGAUAGAUAGAUAGAUAGACAGACAGACAGACAGACAGACAGACAGACAGACAGACAGACAGCCAGAUAGAUAGAUAGAUAGAUAGAUAGAUAGGCAGGUGGAUAGGAUAGGUACAUUGGUAGGUGAAUACUAGAUAGAUAGGCUGUUAGGUAGAUAGGUAGGUGGGUAGGCAGGUUAAUAGGACAAGUACAUUGGUAGGUGGAUAGAUAGAUAGAUAGAUAGAUAGAUAGAUAGAUAGAUAGAUAGAUAGAUAGAUAGAUAGAUAGGCAAGCAGGCAAGUACAUUGGUAGGUGGAUAGACAGACAGACAGACAGACAGAAAUGUAGAUAGGCAGGUAAGUACUGUGUUUCCCCAAAAAUAAGACAGUGUCUUAUAUUAAUUUUUGCUCCCAAAGACACACUAGGUCUUAUUUUCAGGGGAAGUCUUAUUCUGCUCCCUCCUCCUCCGCCGAGGAAGGCGUGAGCGGCGCGAAGGAGAAGGAGGGAAAUGUGCGCGCCUUUCCCUCCUUCUCCUCCUCGGACACGCCUUUCUCGGUGGAGGAGGAGGGAGCAGCUGCCAAGGAGGGUGCGUGUGGCGUGAAGGAGGGUGCCUGUGCCGUACACGCCUUCCUCGGCAGCAGCUCCCUCCUCCCAGGUCUUCCUUUCAGGGGAUGUCUUAUAUUUAGCAACUCACCAAAACCUCUACUAGGUCUUAUUUUCAAGGGGUGUCUUAUUUUUGGGAAAACACGGUAGGUAGGCAGGUGGACAGAUGGAUAGAAUAGAUAGAUAGAUAGAUAGAUAGAUAGAUAGAUAGAUAGAUAGAUAGAUAGAUAGAUAGAUAGAUAGAUAGAUAGAUAGAUAGAUAGAUAGAUAUGCAGUUGGGUAGAUAGGUAGGCAGGUAGGCAAGUGGAUAGGAUAAGUACAUUGGUGGAUAGAUACAUGGAUGGAUGGAUGGAUGGAUGGAUGGAUGGAUGGAUGGAUGGGCAGGUAAGUAAGUAGGCAGGUGGACAGAUGGAUAGAAUAGAAUAGAUAGAUAGAUAGAUAGAUAGAUAGAUAGAUAGAUAGAUAGAUAGAUAGAUAUGCAGUUGGGUAGAUAGGUAGGCAGGUAGGCAAGUGGAUAGGAUAAGUACAUUGGUCGGUGGAUAGAUACAUGGAUGGAUGGAUGGAUGGAUGGAUGGAUGGAUGGAUGGAUGGAUGGAUGGGCAGGUAAGUAAGUAGGCAGGUGGACAGAAUAGAUAGAUUGACAGUUAGGUAGGUAGAUGUGCAGUUGGCUAGGUAGGUAGGCUGGUAGGCAGGUGGGUAGGAUAGGUACAUUGGUAGGUGGAUAGAUACAUAGAUAGAUAAAUAGAUAGAAAUGUAGAUAGGCUUGUAAGUAGGUAGGCAGGUGGACAGAUGGAUAGAAUAGGUAGAUUGGCAGUUAGGUAAGUAGAUAUGCAGUUGGGUUGAUAGGUAGGCAAAUGGGCAAGGGGUAGGAUAAGUACAUUGGUAGAUGGAUGGAUGGAUGGAUGGAUGGACAGAAAUGUAGAUAGGCAGGUAGGUAGGUAGGCAGAUGGAUGGAUAGAUUAGGAUGGAUGGCUAGAAAUGUAGAUCGGAAGGUGGAUAGAUAGAUUAGGAUAGCUGGAUAGAUUUGUAGCCACUUUAGUGUCCUGCGGGAGAGAUAAAGUGAGGCAAUAAUAAUAAUAAUAAUAAUAAUAAUAAUAAUAAUAAUAAUAAUAGAUUGGUAGGUGGAUAGAUAAAAAGACAGAGAGAUAGAAUAGGAGGGAUAGAUAGAAUAGGACUAAUGGAUAGAUAUUUAGAUAGGAUGGAGAGGUGGAUAGGAUGAAUGGAUGGAAGUAGGUAAGGUAGUUAUGUAUAUAAAAGGUAGGCAGUAGAUGAAUAUAUGAUUGACUGAUGAUAGAUAGAUAGAUAGAUAGAUAGAUAGAUAGAUAGAUAGAUAGAUAGAUAGAUAGAUAGAUAGAUAGGCAGAUAGUCAGAUAGAUAGGCAUAUGGAUGGCAAAACAGUCAGGGAGAUAUUGUUUCCCUUCUUUCUUUGGUCUCUCCAUCAAAACUUUGGUUCUUUCCCAGGUGAGCCAGGUGAGCAAUGCAACUGAGCAAGGAGUGUGAUGAGAUGAGAAACAGGUAGCCCAGCUUAAGGUCAAGUGGCAGAUAAUCCAUAAAUCGUUCAAAGGGAAAGCUGUGUUUGUGUCCCUUUGCCCUUCACUUUGUCGAGAAGACAGUUUUGGAGAUACACCGAAUUCUUCAUUUCGAAGCGUUUGAGGGCGAAGAUGAGAACAACAUCAUCUGCACAGGGUUUCUCUGUUCCCUUCUGUUUUCAAAUAAGCUAUUGUCCUGGCUGCUAUUCAUAGUCCCACUUAGGAAUCAUAACCGCGCACCUCUUGACCCUGUGUUGGUCUAUAUUUGUUGUUGUGAAAUAUCAUCAAGUUGAAUACAACUUAUAGCAACCCCAUGAAUGCGAGACCCCAAGUAUCUCUGUCCUCAAUCAAUCUCCAAAAUCAUAAUAGCCUUAGGGACCAUUUAUUGGUCUUUGGGGCUAUCCGUUAUAUCUCUUGAACUCUUCUCAUAUAAAUGCAUUUAGAUGCCUCUUGAACUGCCUUGGCUCGAGGCUAUAGAUUCCUGGGAGUUGCAGUUUUGCAAGGAUCCACCUUUGUAGACAUGCCCUUAAACCAAGGAUAAAUUCUUGCUAAACCAAGAAGGUAAAGGUAAAGGUUUCCCCCUGAUGUUAAGUCUAGUUGUCUUCGACUCUGCGGGUUGGUGCUCAUCUCCAUUUCUAAGCCAAAGAAUCGGCAUUGUCCUUAGACACCUCCAAGGUCAUGUGGCCACUGGCAUGAUUGCAUGGAGUGUCUCUACCUUCCCGCGGUACCUAUUGAUCGACUCACAUUGUCGUGUUUUCGAACUGCUAGGUUGGCAGAAGCUGGAGCUAACAGUAGGUGCUCACUCCGCUCCCAGGAUUUGAACCCGAGACCUUUUGGUCUGCAAGUUCAGCAGCUCAGUGCUUUAACACACUUCGCCACCGGGGCUCUAGGAACCAUUUAUUGGUCUAUCCGUUGUUUCUCUUGAACUCAUAUAAAUGCAUUUAGAUGCCUCCUGAACUGCCUUGGCUCGAGGCUAUAGAUUCCUGGGAGUUGCAGUUUUGCAAGGAUCUACCAUUGUAGACAUGACCAUAGGGUUUGUUUGUUUUUUUCGUGUCAGGAGCAACCGGAGUUGCUUCUGGAGUGAGAGAAUUGGCCAUCUGCAAGGACGUUGCCCAGGGGACGCCCGGAUGUUUUGAUGUUUUACCAUGCUUGUGGGAGGUUUCUCUCAUGUCCCCGCAUGGAGCUGGAGCUAAUAGAGGGAGCUCAUCCGUGCUCUCCCCGGGUGGGAUUCGAACCUGGCAGCUUUCAGGUCAGCAACCCAACCUUCAAGUCACGAGGCUUUUAUACCCUAGGCCAUCGGAGGCUCCUACCUUAGGGUAAAUUCUUGCUUAUAUUAUUUUACAUGUAAUAUUUCUAAUAAUAUUACAAUAUAUUGAUACAGUACAAUAUAGUAAUUUAUUACCAGUACUAGCUGUGCCCGGCCACGCGUUGCUGUGGCGAAGUAUGGUGGUAUGGGAAAUAACGUAUUGAGGAAUUGGUGGUAGUUAAGGUAAAGGGUCCCCUGGGCUGAGUGGGUUGCUAGGAGACUAAGUGAGCGGAGCUUAGCCUUCUAACUGGCAGCAAUUGGAUAAAAACAAUUAUUCCUCUCCCUCUAAUUAGGACUUUAUUUUUCUUUUCUUUUUGUUGUAUCAGCGUAGAGGCAUGGAUGAGGGGUUGUGCUGUCAAUUUUCGAGGUUGUGGGGUGUUUACUUUUGUUGUUUUGUCCGCUGCCGUGAUACCAUCACUCUUUUAUAUACAGUAGAGUCUCACUUAUCCAACAUAAACGGGCCGCCAGAACGUUGGAUAAGCGAAUUUGUUGGACAAUAAGGAGAGAUUAAAGAGAAGCCUAUUAAACAUCAAAUUAGGUUAUGAUUUUACAAAUGAAGCACAAAAACAUCAUGUUAUACAACAAAUUUGACAGAAAAAGUAGUUCAAAAUGUAGUAAUGCUACGUAGUAAUUACUGUAUUUAUGAAUUUAGCACCAAAAAAUCACGAUAUGCUGAAAACAUUGACUACAAAAAUGUGUUGGAUAAUCCAGAACGUUGGAUAAGCGAAUGUUGGAUAAGUGAGACUCUACUGUAAAUGCAUUUAGAUGCCUCCUGAACUGCCUUGGCUCGAGGCUACAGAUUCCUGGGAGUUGCAGUUUUGCGAGGAUCUACCAUUGUAGACAUGCCCUUAGGGCAAAUCCUUGCUAAACUACCACUCCCAUAAUUUUGCAGCUUCGAGCCAGUUCAAGAAGGAGUAAGUCUACAGUGUAGACGUGCUUUUAAGCCAAGGGUGGAUCCUUGCAAAACUCAAGGAUUCAGUUGCCUUGAGCAAAGGCAGUUUAAGAGGCAUCGAACUGCAUUUAUUCACCACUAGCUGUGCCUGGCCAUGCGUUGCUGUGGUGUUGUCUGGUGGUGUCUGUAUUUUAUAGGCAGUGUGGAAGAGGCCUAAGUGAGGCCUAACUUUGCCUGUCCCCUAGGCUGAGUGGGUUGCUAGGAGACCAAGUGGGCAGGGCUUAGCCUUCUAACUGGCAGCAAUUGGAUAAAAAUAAUUAUUCCUCUCCCUCUAAUUAGGACUUUCUUUUUCUUUUCUUUUUGUUGUAUCAACCUAGAGGCGUGGAUGAGGGGUUGUGCUGUCAGUUUUCGAGGUUGUGGGGUGUUUAGUUUUGUUGUUUUGUCGGUCGCCAGGAUUCCAUCACUCUUUUAUAUAUAUAGAUUGUAGACGCACCCAAGCCAAGGGUGAAUCUGGCAGUAUUAAAAAGGGGAAUCAAGGCAACCUUGUUGGCUCAAGACUACCAGGAUUCAGUUGCCUUGAGCAAAGGCAGUUUAAGAGGCAUCGAAAUGCAUUUAUUCACCAUUGUAGACGCACCCAAGCCAAGGGUGAAUCUGGCAGAUAUUAAAAAGGGGGAUCAAGGCAACCGUGUUGGCUCAAGACUACCAGGAUUCAGUUGCCUUGAGCAAAGGCAGUUUAAGAGGCAUCGAAAUGCAUUUAUUCACCAUUGUAGACGCACCCAAGCCAAUGGUGAAUCUGGCAGCAUUAAAAAGGGGAAUCAAGGCAACCUUGUUGGCUCAAGACGACCUGGCAGGGCUGGCUCUUUGCAGUGUGCCGUUGCCUCCUUGUUCUGCACAUGGAGGCUGGGCAAUGAUCCGGCUCCAUCGAUUUAAAGGAAGGCAAGCGAGUGUAAUGGGCUUGGCUGGUGCAUGACUAGAAAGCCAAAGCAAGGAGGGAGGGAGUGGGCAGGUGGCCAGUUGUUGCCUGCUGCUUGCAAUGGCCUCCCCCUCGCCUUCUGCUUCGCUUGACCCGCCUUGCAAAUCCCAUUCGGAGGCACAACUGCAAGCCAGGGAAGCCCUGCUUCGGAUCUCGGCUCCGUGGCGCCAAGCAUGCCCGCCUCCCUUGUGCCUUUGCCUGCCCACUGCAUUGCAGGCAGUGGGGAAACGGCAGGGGCCUACCUUACAAGGUUGUCACAAUUGCCCUAUUUGUAUAUGCAAGACACGUGUUCCGGAGCAAAAGCCUAUCGGCACACCAAGAAUUGAGGGAAGGAGACACAACCGUGGCAGAAACAACAGGUGCCAUGUUCGGUUUCCAAACCCUCGAAACCAGGAAAUCGACUGCAUCUGAUCCCUGGUUGGUUCAUUUCUCCAUUCACUGGGCUAUAAGCUGGUUUUCAAGUCAAAUACAUAAUGUGGAAAAGGAAGAUUGCAGGCGAUACCUGAGCAUGAUUUUGCAUUUUUGGGUUUCUGACUACGAUUUUCAGAUUUCCAAGCAUUUAGCGUUUCCCGUUGCUUUUUUGGCACCAAGAAGUUUUCUUGAAGCAAGUGGUUGUGGUUUAUGUGCCACGUAGCAUUUGUUCUUUUUAGUAAAGGAGCUUCUCAAGCUUUGGCCAGAUGCGGCAGGCAGCCACUAUUUACAUCCAUCUAUCCUUCCACCCUUCCUUUGCCCAGAUGCAGCAGGCGGCCACUAUUUACAUCUAUCUGUCUGUCUGUCUAUCUAUCUAUCUAUCUAUCUAUCUAUCUAUCUAUCUAUCUAUCUAUCUAUCUAUCUAUCUAUCCAUCUAUCUGACCAUCUACCUGUCCAUCUACCUGUCCAUCUAUCUAUCCAUCUAUCCUUCCAUCUAUCCUUCCAUCUAUCCUUCCAUCCAUCCUUCCAUCCAUCCAUCCAUCCUUCCUUCCUUUGCCCAGAUGCGACAGGCGGCCACUGUUUACAUCCAUCCAUCCAUCCAUCCAUCCAUUCAUGCAUCCAUCUAUCUAUCCAUCUAUCUAUCCAUCUAUCCUUCCAUCUAUCCUUCCAUCUAUCCUUCCAUCCAUCCAUCCUUCCUUCCUUCCUUUGCCCAGAUGCGACAGGCGGCCACUGUUUACAUCCAUCCAUCCAUCCAUCCAUUCAUGCAUCCAUCUAUCUAUCCAUCUAUCUAUCUAUCCUUCCAUCUAUCCUUCCAUCCUUUCUUUGCCCAGAUGUGGCAGGCGGCCACUGUUUACAUCCAUCUGUCCAUCUAUCUAUCCAUCUAUCCUUCCAUCCAUCCAUCCAUCCAUCCAUCCAUCCAUCCAUCCAUCCAUCCAUACAUCCAUACAUCUAUCUAUCUAUCCAUCUAUCCUUCCAUCUAUCUAUCCAUCUAUCCUUCCAUCUA